CAGAACACAAAUACAAAUUUGAAGCAAUUCCUCCCAUUUAAUUAUCUAUUCAACCAAAUUUGAAAGAAGAAGAAGAAGAAGAAGAAGAAGAGAGAACGGGCAGCUUCAAAUCCAACGUGUGGUCUGUGUGCAUGGAAUUUCAUUCCGUGAAAUAAUUCCAAUUUUUCGCCUAUAAAAGGACAACCCCAAUUUCUCAAUUCCUAAUUCCUGUUCCAAUCCAGGCCCCAAGCUAAAUCCAUGAUGGAAAUUGGAGCUGUGAACUCCGACAUGGACACAGCUUCAACCAUCACCAUUAAAGGCAUUCUCAGUCUCCUCCUGCAGAACGUUGAUGAAAACGAUGCCAAACGCCUCAUUUCUCUCGGUAUGGGCGACCCUUCUGCUUAUUCUGCCUUCCACACUACCCAUGUCGCGGAACAGGCCGUCGUUGAUUCUCUUCAAUCCGAGAAGUUUAAUGGCUACGCCCCCACUGCUGGCCUCCCCCAAGCCCGAAGAUCAAUUGCUGAAUAUUUAUCUCGCGAUCUUCCGUAUAAGUUGACAUCUGAUGACGUUUUCAUUACGUCUGGAUGCACACAAGCAAUUGAUGUUGCUUUGGCGAUGCUUGCUCGCCCUGGUGCAAAUAUACUGCUUCCAAGGCCUGGUUUCCCUAUCUAUGAACUUUGUUCUGCAUUUCGUAAUCUUGAAGUCCGGCACUUUGAUCUGCUCCCUCAGAGAGCCUGGGAGGUUGAUCUUGAUGCUGUUGAAACCCUUGCAGAUCAAAACACUGUUGCAUUGGUUAUUAUCAACCCUGGGAAUCCAUGUGGAAAUGUAUACAGUUAUCAGCAUCUGAAGAAGAUUGCAGAAACUGCAGAAAAGCUUGGAAUUCUGGUAAUUGCUGAUGAAGUUUAUGGGCAUCUUGCUUUUGGAAGUAAACCUUUCGUGCCGAUGGGAGUUUUUGGGUCAACUGUUCCUGUUCUCACCCUUGGAUCUCUAUCAAAGAGAUGGAUAGUACCGGGAUGGCGACUCGGGUGGUUCGUGACUAGUGAUCCUUCUGGCACAUUCAGAAAGCCCAAGGUUCUCGAGCGAAUCAAGAAGUAUUUCGAUAUAUUAGGAGGCCCCGCAACAUUCAUCCAGGCUGCAGUACCCCAGAUCCUCGAGUCGACUGAUGAGGUUUUCUUCAAGAAAACGAUUAAUCUUCUGAAGCAAACCUCUGAAAUAUGUUGCAGAAAGAUCCAGGAAAUCCCCUGUAUUACAUGCACGCACAAGCCAGAGGGGUCAAUGGCCGUGAUGGUGAGACUGAACAUGGAUCUUCUCGAAGACGUCAGUGAUGAUAUUGAUUUUUGCUUCAAGCUUGCCAAAGAGGAAUCUCUCAUCAUUCUUCCAGGAACGGCGGUAGGGCUGAAGAACUGGCUCCGAAUUACUUUUGCGGUCGACCCAUCGUUUCUUGAAGAAGGUUUAGAGAGGCUUAAAUGUUUCUGUCAAAGGCAUACAGUUGAGCUGUGAAGAAGUUGGGAUGAUACUGAUGCAAACGAAACAAACAGGUUGAGUUCCAUAAGUUAGUGAAAAGGAAUUCUUGUUCCAAGAAUAACGUAUAAAUGGAAAAACUCAUUCCAUGUACUGAUGUACCAUAUAUAAAUAUACAAGGCACUUAUUCAGAUUCAAAA